UAAAGUCGAGACGGUUUUUCGGUUGUAACGAACACGCCGAGGCAACUAGAAGUUAGUGAUCGUGUCGUCGCCAAGCCUUCGCUACUGCGCGAAUAUAUAAUAUUUUGGUUUUUCGGUCAUAAGAAUUCAUAUGUUUUUGCAAUAACGAAAAUAAACUACUUUCUAAGUGUUGGGGAAUUUCAAAAUCAGCGCCAUUGUGCCCACAAAUUCGAGAUGCGUCCAACAAUGUUGCCAAUUUGGCAAUUUCUCUUCAUUUUUGUCGCCGCUUUUCAACAGUCAACGGUCGAGUGUAAAUCCUUUUUCGGCAUUGGCACACGCAUUCACAACGAUCAACUGCUACUGAAAGAUGUACUACAAGCACGUUCGGUGGGCGUGGGUGAGGGUCAAGAAGUGGGCUUUAAUUAUGCCAUUCCAGAGCCCAUAACUUACAUCGAAAUCGUUUCGGAGCAAAACGUUUUGGCUGAUGUCAACUUCAGUUAUCAGAAUAAUUUGGUGAAAGGCAGCAUAACUGCGUUGGACAAUGAAAACGGCACAGAAACAAGUGAUGACGUGGAACCAUUUGAAGUGCAAAUAUCUAUUUAUGGAUUCAAUGAGACUAUGCUCAAUAUAAGUCCAUCGUAUAUACUAAACAGAGAUCAGCAAUUUCAAGGCAUACUUGGACCAUAUACCAACGAAGACUUUGACUAUGAAAUCGAUGAAGAUGACUUCGAGGAGGCGGUGGAUAGGAGGAACACAAGUGAAGAAGCAAUGGAUGAGUUGGAAGAAGAAAUGAAUUAUACUGAUGAUUUCGGCGAUCCUGAUAAAAUAAUCGAAUUGGGCAUGCGUCAAGCAGAUGAUUAUCUCUUGUAUGAGACAUAUCAGACGUCGCAAACUAGUACACAGGAACCGUCCAACCACAGCGUCACAUUCUAUUAUAUUGACAGCAAUUUCAUAACCUAUGUGCGCUUCAUAAUAUUCGAUCACACUGUGAAUAAGGCCUCGCACGAUUACACUCCACCAGUUGCCACGUAUACACACUUCUCGCCCAGUAGCCUCAAAGCCAUCAUCACGGACGACAAUACCACUAACCUAUUUGUGCAGAUGUUUAUCUAUGGCUAUCAACUAGACGAUCUGCCAGUCGACUACAAGCCAUUUUUAACGAGCAUGCUUGAUGCCACCACCGAAUCGCCGUUAGAGCGUUUGAAAAUGCUGCUGAAUGCAAAAUUGAAGAAAAACUUGGACGAUUCGGCGGAGAUCAAUUUCGAAACCGGCGAAAGAAAUGCUUGGUCCGAUAAUAGUACCAACACAACGGAUGUGUCAACUAGAAAUCAGGUCAAUGAUUUUGCAGUAUUUAAUGUAGUUUUCGUUUGUUUCUUAUUAAAUUUCAAUUUCUUUGUAUAAAUAAGGCGUUUUUAAAACGAAAUGUAAAUGUUAAACUAAAAGUAAAAGUGUUAUGUGAUUGCAUGUAUUAUUAAUAAUUAUAAUAUUAUGUACGUUUGUACAUAUUUUUUUAAAUUAACAAAAAAUAUUAUUUUCAUGACUAGAAAGAUUUCUGAUUUUUGUAAAAUUUUCUUAUAGUCUAUUUCUUGAACGAAAAAAUUGAAAUGAUUCCACUUAAGAAUUUAUGAAAGGUUUAUACAUAUCCAGCAGUUAAACUUCCAUAACUCGUACUACUAUAACUCGAAGUUCUCCAUAACUCGAACUCUUGAACUUUCAAUAGAAGUCAACUUUCAUAAAAAUUUCCAUCCGUAACUUGGAAAUCUCUCUCUAACUCAUUUUUUUUGUGGAUUAUGUUGAUUCGAGUUCGGGAAGUUGAAGUGUAUUUCUAUCCAUUUGAACUUACCUCUGGUAUGUCAUCAGGAACUUUACCCA